UAUUUCUAAAUGUUCUAGGGUUGGGAGGCAGAAGAAUAGAUUGGUUAGGAGAAGGAGAGGAGAGAGAAGUGACGGUGUUGUUGAAGGCAUGGUGCUGCCGUGUUCGGAGGAGUCCAAUCCUUGGUAGUGGCGGUUUGGGAACGACCAUUUGAGGGUGUCGAAACCUUGGCAGUGGCGUUGUGGGAACCUUCAUUUCACCAGAAAUAUAGUUGGAGAGUGAAUCAUUGGUCACCGUCACCGUCACCGUAAGGGUGAUCAUCGGAGAUGCAGUUAACAACUUGAAUUGAAGGGUGUGCUUUACUUUUCCUCCGUGUUCAAUCAAGUCCUACCACUUUAUUUCUUUUUAAAUCACAAGAGAUCAAGAGUUUCAAUCACUGUCAGUCUCAUGAGAGGAAGAGAGGGAAGAAGAGCAAUGGAUCUAUAAUUGGUUUUCAAUCAAAAUCUUUCCUUAUACAUUAGGGAAAUUUGAAUUUUUCUUCAGUCUAAUUGCCAUUUGAAAUGAAAUUAACGAAAAAAUGUUUGUCUGAUUCUGAGGUUUGAAUUCUAAAAAUGUAACAGUUUUUUUAGUGACUUAUUUGUUGACAGUAAAAGGAGCAGGAGCAUAGAUUUAUAUUUAUUGCAGCAAAGGGAUGGUCUUCCUUUGAGGUUUGGUAAUUUUGCAACCAAAGGAGAGAUUUGGAUGGACAAAAGCAAGAGUUUGAAUUUGGCAAAUCUAGUGCAACUCUGCGUCACCAACAAAGAUCUUUUAGCCGGCAAGGUUCUUCACGCUCGACUUUUCCGUCUCCGUCUUUUCUCUGACACCUUUCUCUCCAACCACUUCAUCGAACUUUAUUCAAAGUGUGAUGAAAUUGCCUCCGCCCACAAUGUGUUCGACAAUAUACCUCACAAAAAUAUCUUUUCCUGGAACGCCAUUUUGGCUGCUUAUUGCAAAACCCGCAACUUGCAACGCGCGUGCCGUCUGUUCCUGCAAAUGCCUCAGAGGAACACCGUCUCACUGAACACCUUAAUCAGCACAAUGGUCAGGUGUGGCUAUGAACGCCAAGCAGUGGAUACCUACGAUUCGAUGAUGCUGGAUGGAAUUAAACCCUCCCACAUAACGUUCGCUACUGUUUUUAGUGCUUGUGGUACUUUGUUGGAUGCGGACUGUGGCAGGAGAAAUCAUGGGUUUGUGGUCAAGGUUGGUCUUGAAAGUAAUAUAUAUGUCGUUAAUGCUCUUUUGUGCAUGUAUGCUAAGUGUAGGCUUAAUGUGGAUGCGCUUCGUGUUUUUAGGGACAUUCCUGAGCCUAAUGAGGUUACUUUCACCACCAUGAUAGGGGCAUUAGCUCAGACAGAUCAAUUCAAGGAAGCUUUGGAAUUGUUUAGACUCAUGUUGAGAAAAAAGGUUCCUGUUGAUUCUGUCUCCUUGUCCAGCAUAUUGGGUGUCUGUGCGAAAGGGGAAAGGGACAUCGGUCUCUGUCAUGGUCUCUCAUGUAAUGCACAAGGAAAACAAAUGCACACAAUGUCAAUUAAACUGGGAUUUGAUAGAGACCUCCAUUUAUGCAACUCUUUGCUUGAUAUGUAUGCGAAAAUUGGGGAUAUGGACAGUGCUGAGAUGGUUUUUGUUAAUUUGAAUCAGUACAGUAAUGUUUCUUGGAAUAUAAUGAUAGCUGGGUAUGGGAAUAGAUGUAACAGUGAGAAAGCGGCAGAGUAUCUUCAUAGAAUGCAGUGUGAUGGAUAUGAACCAGAUGAUGUUACAUAUAUUAAUAUGCUGACAGCGUGUGUCAAGUCUGGGGAUGUAAGAAUCGGGCGUCUAAUAUUUGACUGCAUGCCAUGCCCAAAUUUGGCUUCAUGGAAUGCUAUACUCUCAGUCUAUAAUCAAAUUGCGGACCAUAGAGAGGCAAUUGAACUGUUUAGAAAAAUGCAGUUUCAAUGCCAACAUCCUGAUCGGACUACUUUGGCCAUUAUUCUCAGUUCAUGUGCUGAACUUAGACUUCUUGAGGUUGGAAAAGAGGUUCAUGCUGCAGCUCAAAAGUUUGGAUUUUAUGAUGAUGUCUACGUUGCCAGUAGCCUUAUUAAUAUGUACUCCAAGUGUGGGAAAAUGGAGUUGUGUGAGCAUGUGUUCCGUAAACUGCCUGAACUAGAUAUUGUAUGUUGGAACUCAAUGUUAACAGGGUUCUCAAUCAAUGCUCUUGAACAAGAUGCCUUGUCUUUGUUCAAACAGAUGCGAUCACUUGGCUUCUUCCCAUCCGAGUUUUCUUUUGCUACCAUAGUGAGCUCUUGUGCAAAUAUUUCUUCCUUGUUUCAAGGUCAACUGUUUCAUGCUCAGAUCAUAAAAGAUGGUUUUCUAGAUGACAUAUUUGUGGGGAGUUCUCUAAUAGAAAUGUAUUGUAAAUGUGGUGAUGUGCAUGGGGCCAGAUGUAUUUUUGAUGUGAUGCCUGGUAAAAAUACCGUUACCUGGAAUGAAAUGAUACACGGUUAUGCACAAAAUGGAGAUGGUCGUAGAGCUCUAUGCCUUUAUAAUGACAUGGUUUCAUAUGGUGAGAAACCUGAUGAUAUUACUUUUGUUGCUGUUUUAACUGCUUGUAGCCACUCGUCUUUGGUUGAUGAAGGACUUGAAAUAUUCAAUGUCAUGCUGCCAAAAUUUGGAGUGGUGCCAAAGUUGGAUCAUUACACUUGCAUUAUAGAUUGUCUGAGUCGAGCAGGGAGAUUUCAUGAAGUAGAAGUCUUUUUAGAUACCAUGCCAUGUAAAGAUGAUGCAGUUGUAUGGGAGGUUGUGUUAAGUUCAUGCCGUAUUCAUGCUAACUUAACCUUAGCAAAAAGAGCUGCUGAGGAACUCUAUCGACUGGACCCCCAAAAUUCUGCUUCAUAUGUGCUUCUUGCCAACACGUACUCUUCUUUGGGAAGAUGGGAUGAUGCACGUGUUGUAAGGGAUAUGAUGAGUGAUAAAAAGGUCCCUAAGGAUCCCGGUUAUAGCAGGAGUGUGUGCAAGAAUGAUACACAAAUGAUUCUUGAAAACAAACAAUAAUCUCAUUAUGAUGGUUGUUGAAAUCAAAGCACCUCUGCAGAGACCUCGAUCAUUUAUACAAAAGGGACCUUGUGUUCUACUGGAAGAUCGAUGAUACUUCCCAUGACAACGCUUUUAUGACUAUCAGUUGCUUAUUAAACUGGAGACUGUUGUCGUCUGAGUGACAUUCCCUCUGAAAAUUUUCAUGGAGAACAUCGGCCACACUGUUUAGGAAGCUGGGACUUGAAAUUAAUAGUAUUAGAGCUUGAGGAGUCUAUUCUUGCAGGAUUUGUUAUCUUCUAGGCUAUAGUAUUAUUGGUAAUUUGCACCUUUCACGUCACUGGUGAAGGAAAUUACGCUGGCGCCUGUUGUUGCGGUAGGUGGGUUGGAUGGGUAUUGAUUUAUAACAAGGAGAGAAUUUGGUGUUUUCUUUCGUUGGCUUAAACAUCAAACAGGUAAACAUGUUAGGUUGUGCCCUCUUUAGUCUCCAAUUAUGUGGGUGCCCUCUUUUUAUUCUUUCAAUUACACAUUUUCAAUUUUUUUAUCUAAUUUUUAGAGGUGCAUUUUACACACUAUACUCGCAUUAGCUAAAAGUUUUCUCUUUCAAACAUAUACAAAUAUCCUACCUUUUUUCAUUAAAGAAAGAACCUUAACAGUCAAGAAACAAAAAGAAACUAAUAGUAAAACCCAAUGGUUGAAUAAUCAGCCAACAAGGGAUACAUAAAAAAGGGAGGAGGGAAGUAAGAAUUUUGUUGUCCAUAUUUUUUCGGUUGUGUUGACCGUACUUGUGUUCAUUUGGUUGGAUCUGUCAUACUGAGAUGGAGUUGUUGCAAGCACUGUGGGGUGUAGCUGCGAAGACUUUAACGCCUAAAUCAAUGAUGGGCAAGGUAAAACUGUUUAAUGAUGAAUUGAAACGGGCCCCGCGAAGGUGACAAAUGAACAUUGAUGGGGUAGAUAGGUGAAAUGCGUGGAUCAAUUUUUGUCAUCUUGUCAUAUAUUGUUAGAAGAUCUGUUGUGGAUUAGUCAGGUGUCUUUUUGUAAGCAACAUACAUGUGUGUCAAUGGAUAUUGUGUGAUUUCAGAAAUUAGGUGACAAGUGGGUUAGUGGAGGGAUGAGCCAAGCAUGAAGUUGGUAUCAACAAGAGCUCUGAUGGAAUGGGUGCUCUCUAGAAUUGAAUCCAAAAUAGUUGCCAGUCAACUGCUUGGGCAGUCCGAGGAGUUACUUAGAGGAUUAGUUAAUCGAGGUAAUGGUCCUUCAGGGAUUUCAAAUGCCUUCAGGGCACUCAAAUCCAACCACUAAAAGCAACAAAGACAGAAGAAUCGUUUGGGAGUGCGAGAGUGAACUGAAGCUCAGCCUCCAAAAUGCGAGAUUAAGCUAAGAAUGAAUGGGUCUGAGUAAGUUUAGAAUGAGCGUGAUUAAGAGUAUGGGUUUGCGAAGGUGGCGAAGGUGGCUGGAGAAGGUAGAAAAGGAGACAAGAGAAGGUGGUCGCGAAGGUGUGUAUGUGGAGGGCCAAAUAAAACCUAAGGUUAAGAGGUGAAAUAAAAAAUAUAAUAUCUAAAAUUUCUUUGUUUACAGACAGAUAAAGGAGGUGAAUUCAAUUCUAAAUUUUUUGGUGAUUUUUGCGUGAACCAAGGUACACAAAGAUAAUUGGCAGCAAUUUAUACUCUGAAGCAGAAUGGAGUUGCUGAGAAAAAAAAACAGAAUCAUCAUGAACAUGGUUCGGUCAAUGCUAAUAGGGACACGUGUUCCUAAAGUAUUUUGGCCAAAAACAACAGGAUGGUGUGUUCAUGUUCUUAAUAGGAGCCCCACAACAGUAGUGCAGGACAAAACCCUCGAGGAAGCUUGGAGUGGAAUAAAGCUUUCUGUUAAGGUGCUUGGGUGUAUAACUCAUGUACAUACAUCAGAUCAACAGCAAGUCAAAUUGGAUGACAAGAGUAAAAGGUGUGUUCUCAUUGGAAUGAGUGAUGAAUCCAAGGCUUAUAGACUGUUGGACCUAACCACUCAAAAAAACAUCAGAGAUGUUAUAUUUGAAGAAGAAAAACGCUGGGAUUAGGAGCAGCAUGACAAAAACCAGUCAACACACCUUUAAGUUGAGGUAAAAUUACAGCACAUGACAGUGACACCGAGGAGGAAACUGAACAAAAUGGAGUACAACUUUCAGGGUAGCAGACAGAAGAAAAUCUGAAUGAAUACUAAAGUUAACACUGAUCAAAAUGAGUCUCAUCUUCCAAUAGUUGAUAAUUCAGUUGAAGGGAGGAUUAGAAGAUGUAGAAGAGAACCAAUUUGGAUGAUUGGUUAUGGAAAGGGAGAAGGUCUAUUUGAUGAAGAUGCAAUGAUGGUGAUAGAAGAUGAUCCAGUGACAUUUGAAGAAGCUGCCAAAACUUGGCGAGAUGCAAUGGAGAGAGAGAUUGAGGCCAUAAAGAACAAAACAUGAAAUUUAACACUUAGGACUUAUUGGAUUUAUAACUAAGACCCAUAAAAGUAGUCUCACCAGAGUAAAAAUAGUCUUUCUACAUUAAUCUCCUAUCUGGGCAUACUUUGUAUCUCUUUUUGGUGACCCAUCUUAGACUAAUAAUUAAUGAACAACAAUCGAUCGAAGAGUUGAAAGAAACUUUCUACUAUAUCCUCUUCAAAUCGAUUCACAUUGAAAUUGUCAACACAUGUAAACUAUAAUCCAAAAUUUUGCACUUCCCAACAAAAUCCUGGGAGGACCAUAGAAAUCCUCAAAUUCAAAUAAAAGACAAGUACUGUUGAUUUCUAUGUGAUCCCCACCAUCAUUGCCCACUCUGCUUGUAUAUAUAUGUUGUCCUGCUUGUUCAAUAUCAUAAAACAUCAACUUCACCCUUUUUCUUCUCAUUCCUUUUUUCUAUGCAUCAACACAAUGAAGCAUAAUAAAGGUUAUACUAUUCUCAUGGCCCUGUUGCUAACUUCCAUUGGAAUCAAGUAUGAAGGCUCCAUCAACAAUCACUUCCAGCAUUCAAGUCCGGCAAAGAUGAUUUUUGUCACAGCUAUGUGUUGCCAUGUCCUUGCAUCCAGUGCUGAUAUGAGCAUGCCAACUACUCUUUUCAUAUUCCACGUGUCUGGAAUGUGGAUGUGAAACACUGAUGUGGAUUCUGGUGGAUGAGUUUCUAUGGCGGUGUGGCACCAACGUGCUUCUCUUAUCGGUGGCCUCAUUAUGCUUCAUCAACUACAAACACCUUAUUCACCUCAUUCGAGGCAGAAACGGUCACGUGCCAAAUUCGGAAGCACAAGAAUGUCAUAUGUAACACUAAACUUGGGAAGUUCAGUUUCUGCGGAUAAUGCUUUUGCUUAUAUAUGUUGUGCUAUUGGUCUAUAUUUGAAGAAUGAUAUACUCGAGUAGUUCUUUUACAUUUUUCAUACAAA